AUGGCCGGAGCUAUCGGAAAAUGCAGCAAGAUCCGACACAUCGUGAGGCUAAGACAGAUGCUCCGGCAAUGGCGGAGCAAGGCGCGGAUGUCGUCAGUCAGACGAUGUGUGCCGUCGGAUGUGCCGUCAGGACACGUGGCGGUCUACGUAGGGAGCAGUUGCAGGAGAUUUGUGGUGCACGCGUCGCAUCUGAACCACCCUAUCCUUAGGAAUCUCUUGGUUAAGGCCGAGGAGGAGUUCGGUUUUGUGAAUAAUGGUCCGUUGGUUAUCCCGUGUGAAGAAUCGGUUUUCGAGGAAUCUAUUCGGUUUAUAAACCGGUCAGGUCGGUUCGAUUGUACCGAAGAUCUGAAGAAGAACCGUCACGGUGGGAUUAGGAGCAAGGUGGAUCUGUUGAUCGAAUCUCGGCCGUUGCUUCACGGCGUAUCCGAGAAGGUCAUCAUUCAAUUCUGA